AAAACGAGGGAAGAAGCCUAGAAGGUGUGGAUGGCGAAGACGGCGACCGCUCCUUGGGUUCUCAUCUGUCUGUUCGUUCUCCCCAGUACUUGAACCCGAAGGAACGAAACAAUGAUCUUCGCACAAGUGCCGCAUAGUUAGAGCUAACGGGAUUUCUUGACUUUUUUCUCCCUGGAUUUCUUCGUCAAACCGUAACAUCGAUGCUCUGCGUUUGCCGUGAUGGGCAUUCUUUAUUCUUCCGCUGCUUGCUUUUAGAAGAAAAAAGCUUCUUCUUCCGCGCUGCUUCUUUUGUUUUCAGUGUUUUUGAAUUUGAGCGUCCGUUUUGGUGUUUGGCUUCAAUCAAGUUCAUGGCUGAUUACAAGAGAUCUCGAUUUAAAGAUGCUGGGUUUCGGAGGGUUCUUCCCUUGAUUCUGGUAAUAUUUUUGGUGGUUUUGGUUAUUUUGCUGUUGAUUCGGAAGGGAUCAGUUUCGGAUUUUUCGAACAUAGCAGUGGAAACUGAAAGUUUUUCUUUUGCUCCGUCUUCCAUGGAGACUGAUUAUCCUAUACUCUUGAACUUUGGAGACUUCAAACCAAAGCUUCCUAAAAUGAGUGACUUUGCCAUGUCUCUGGAUAGAAGAAACUGUUUGCCACCAAGGAAUAUUGACCUCUUUCCAAAUUUAGCAGAGAACCAUGUAAAGAUUGUUCUAUAUGUACACAACCGUCCACAGUAUCUUCAGGUUGUGCUUAAGAGCUUGGCUAAUGUGAAGGGGAUUGGAGAAACCAUGCUGGUAGUUAGCCAUGACGGAUACUUCACUGAGAUGGAUAGUAUUGUUCAGAACAUCCGGUUCUGCCAGGUGAAGCAGAUUUUUUCGCCAUAUUCGCCACAUCUCUAUUCUGAUAGCUUCCCAGGUGUUUCAAAAGGGGAUUGCCAGAACAAGGAUGAUCCUUCUAAGAAGAAUUGCAGUGGAAAUCCAGAUCAGUAUGGCAACCAUCGAUCUCCAAGAAUCGUUUCCUUGAAGCAUCACUGGUGGUGGAUGAUGAACACUUUGUGGGAUGGAUUGCCAGAGACAAGGAUGCAUUCGGGACAUAUACUCUUCAUUGAAGAAGAUCAUUUCAUCUAUCCGAAUGCUUAUCGAAAUAUCCAGCUUCUCGUGAAGCUGAAGCCAGAGAAGUGUCAUGAUUGCUUUGCUGUGAACUUGGCUCCAUCUGAUGUGAAGUCGAAGGGAGAAGGGUGGGAGAGCUUGAUCGCGGAGAAGAUGGGCAAUAUUGGGUACACAUUUAACAGGACUGUUUGGAGGAAGAUCCAUGCAAAGGCCAGGGAGUUCUGCUGGUUUGAUGAUUAUAAUUGGGAUAUCACCAUGUGGUCAACAGUUUAUCCCUCGUUUGGGACUCCUGUGUACACUCUGAGGGGACCUCGGGCAAGUGCUCUGCACUUUGGAAAAUGUGGGUUGCAUCAGGGUCAGGAUAAGAGUAGCGCAUGCAUUGAUAACGGUGAGACAAACAUUGAAUUGGAGGAAAUUGAUAAAGUUCCUCAUAUAAAAGUUGACUGGCCAGUGCAUGUAUUCAAAAAUCAAGAGGGAUACCGUGCAGGUUUCAAAGGAUGGGGAGGCUGGGGCGAUCACAGAGACCAGGAGCUUUGCUUGAGUUUUGCCUACAUGUAUCACUCUUCUGAAGCCUUAACCAACUGAAGAGGUGUUUCCAAACAGGCAUAAGAUUUUUUGUCUUUGCAGAAUUUUAUGAAUAUGUUACUAACCAGGGUUUGAAAGGUUGCAGCCUUCUUAUUGCCUGGAUAAGCGAGAGUUUUUGUAAACCACAUAGUUCUAUGCAUUUUUCUUAUGAUGCAUUCAAAAAUAUUUGCGGAGGAUGAAAUUAAGGAGAUAUUCUUAGCAAGCAUGGGAGAAUCACAUAUGGCUAGACAAUUGGGAUGCAUUUGAGACUGAUGAAUAACCUGAUGUUAGUCAAAUGUACAACGAAUUGCCAUUGUUAUACGGCAGUGUUUCCCUUUCUUUUCUCGAAUUUGUUACUUGAAUAAUGUCAGCGUGAUUUACCUGUCCAAUUUGAGCCCUUUGCGUUGCCCUGAGAACAACUGAUAUAUUUGAUUUGAUUUAGUUGCUUUUCUAUC